AUGUCUAACAGCUCACCCUCCACUCGACUCCCACGUCCAUCACCUUCAAGAUCUGUGACAUAUCACAAAGCUUCAAAGUCAAAACCUCACCCAAAGGUCCUCCCUUUUCCCGACCUCCCAGUCCGAGCCGCAAGGAGUGUCACUCGACCUGGUACACCUUUGACCCUCUCUGAAAGUCCCAACGGUCAGCAUAGGAGGAUACAGUUUGACUCUGCUUUUUUGGACAGGACAGGUAGCGGGAAUGGUGCUGGUCGAUUAAGAUCUCAUGGAUCUCCUGAUCCCGGCCAAUCUUCAAGUCACGCGACGUCACCAGGGGGUAGUCUAUCACCGCCAUCAGGAAUCAUGUCAGGUCCAACGACCCCAAUCUCAUUAGGAACCGGUAGCUCAUCUUCUCCGUUUCUCGCUAUACCCCCUACUUAUCGGUCGCGGUCACAGACCUCACCUGAUGUCACACGACCGAGGUUGCCUGCCACAACAAGAGUUGAAGGCUUCCAACCACCCACUCCCAUCACAUCUGCACCUCUCCCUCCCCAAGGUCCUUCUCACCCAUCACCUUCCUCCACCAGACCAGCUUCACUGCCCGAUCAAACACCAAUUGUUGAUGCUUCUCGUCCGAAACCAUCCGAGCCCAAGGACCACACCGACUCUUCUACAACACCGGCGACCUCGUCGGUCCCCCUCUCGAGUCCACCCGUCUCUCAUCCUCUGGCGGAACAUUUGUAUCAAUCUUUUCUGAGGGGACAAUGUGCUGACGUUCGACUCAUUGUAAGAAAGUGGGGUGUGGGAUGGUUGGUACAUCGUAUGAUCUUGGUACAAGCUGGCUUCUUUCACUCCAUGUUUCUUUCAGGCUUCUCAGAGGGUAAUCCUACAUCAUGGAAAACUCGUAAAGGCAAAGAACGUGCUGUGGAGGACCAAGAAGACGAGUGGACCGGGGAUGAUAUCGAGCUGCAGUUCGAUGACCCUAACAUCACCCGGGCUGCCUUUGAGAUUUCUCUCUCAAGGCUAUACUCUGCAUAUCCUCAUUUUCAUUAUCCGAAAUCUAAGCUUCCAACCCCUAAACACCCAUUGUCCCUCAUUUUUGACGCGGCAUCUCAGAAACGCUUCCCGUCUUUACGCUCCGUGCAUACGUCUGUCCCGGCGAAAACGCAUUUGGUCACGCCGCGGUUAUUGCUCUCAUUGAUCGCCACCUCCUCAUAUCUCGGCCAUACAACCCUCCUCAAAGAAGUACUGGGUAUGGUUCUUCGUACCAUCAGCCCGGCAACUAUAGGACGUUAUCUAGCUUUUGCCAUCGGUGAUGGCAUCGGAGGCGAAGAGUGGAGUUCUCAAAAUGACGAAGGAGCUCGAAAUUUUGAGCAUGUAUCCAAACCUUUGAAAAGACAAGGAUGGGACAGGCCCUCUCCUAGGUCUGAAGAUUUGACAGUCUUACCUGCGAGGACACCUUCAAACCGAAGCUCGGCAGAUUCCAAUGUCAAAGCGGAUGAUGAUGAGAGCAAAGUGACAGACUCCCCUCGCUCCCGACGUGUGACAUCGGAUCAAGGACAGGACGGUAUCCGUGGAAGACUCAAAGGUCUCAGUAUAGACGUCUCGGGCACGAAUUUGCGAACUUCAUCAAUCAACAUUGCAGACAUGCCUCAUUUCUACGGAUUCGCCUCGAAUAAGAUUGGUGAGGCUUGUGUAUGUUGGUUAGCUCGCUGGGGAGGAGAUGUUUUACAACUCGAGGAAACGUUCACAGAUCAAGAACCUCCAUUCAAGAUUUGGGCCCAUGGGGGUAUUCCUGCCGUUUUUGCCAGAGCUGUUCUCAGUUCUGAUUCUUUUUUCGUCGAAAAUGAAAUGGAACGUUAUCGCGUAGCACGACGUGUUCUUGACCUACGACGAACGGAAUGGGAGAAGAUUGCUGAGAAGAGUAGAUCGUCAUUCCUGCGGGAGGACGAUGAAGCCGAGGAUUGGGAAGUAGAUGAGGACGAGUUGGGGAUGGUCUUCGAACAAGGAAUUUAUUAUUCUCACAUGACCUUCGACGAUCUAUCUACCAUUUCUUCCGAUAUAGAUCCCAAUACUUCCUUACCUUAUGCACCCCUGGCGGUGUUGCAAGCAGCUCAUUGGGCUGCGGCGGAUUUACGAUCAAGAGUGCAAUCUUCUGACCACACCGAGUCAGAUGAUUCAACUCAUGCAUUGGGUCUCACAAAGACUACGUCGGAAAUCACUGCCAUGGUCAGUCGACCUCGACGUCAAGGAGGGUCCAGAGUGGUAUCAGGAAGAACGAGCAAUAUAAGCACAGAUCCCGAUUCUCCAUCUUUCGCUUCUUUCGCUUCUCGUUCAUCUAUAGACAUGAUGGACAGAACGACAUAUCAUCCUAUACCUUCGGACGAUACACAUCGUAUGGGCGCUGGAGGUCUUUUAUUUUUGUCGACAUCAUCGACUGAACGAAACGCUUUAGCCGGAGUUCCUGAUUUAGGUCCUGAUCUAGAUCCUACUUCUCCUUUUCCAAGUACUUCAAUUCAUCCUACUUCUGCUGGACCAGAAGGAUCAGGAGGAAUUGGAACAGGAACAGAAAUGAGUGGAAACGGAGGAGCGACAACGAAAAAACGACCCGUUCCACAAGGAGAAAAAACCUUUUUCGGCCUUUCUACCUCUUCCAAAACCGCAAUGGAGAUUGCACUCUCAACAAGAGACCCCUCUUCAUUAACUGAGGACACACGUUGGACACGAGUCGAACCGUUUCGAUUCUCAGUGGAAUUUUGGGGAGCGGAGAAUCUAGUAGAGAGAGAAAGAUUAUAUUCUGCGACACAUUUUUAUGCUGGGAGUUGGUUCAAUGUUUACGUACAAACUAUCAAAAAGAAGGAUAAAGGUGCUCAAUUAGGUAUAUAUCUUCAUCGACAAAAUCCUGAUGAAACUUUCCCUCCGGUAUCUGUUCCACCUGAUCAGAAUGAGAAGAAGAAAAAUGUGGAGAUGAGUGUUACGUCGAGGGUAAAAAAUGUGACAGAGGGGGAAUUGCUUAGGACGUUGUCUACCAGUCCUGUAGGAGUAGGAAGUCCACCUACGUCACCUAGACAGGAGAUGGUGGUUGAGAGACUGAAAGAGGGUUAUAGGGAUACUAGACAGAUCACAAAGGCAUAUUUCUCCAUUUCCUGCGCUUCUGCCUUGGGAACCGCGCUCAUUCGUUUUUCUUCCGCACCAGACAGCUUCACCCUUUCUCAAUCAUGGGGAUGGAAAUCGUCCGCUCUCCGAUCGGAGGAAUACCUCUCCGCCCCACUUAAUGAUCUCGAUCAAGGUGUAGAAAUCUGGUCAGGGGAGAUGGACUCGAGAGUCGCUGGAGGUAGUUUGAGAGCUACUGUGGAGGUUGGGGUUAUUUGAUUUACUUUCUCUUUAGAGGUCAGUGAUUAGAAUCUAUUCGGACAUUUUGCAUAGAGUUGUGUUU